CUGCUCAGCCAAGAAAUGUAAUGUAUGUAGUGAUGCAGGUGCGCGGCUAUGAAUGCCUUUCGUGUUUGUGCCAGGCACAAGCCGGUAUGUAGCGUGAUACGCCGUAGGUUGGGUUAAUGCCAUGUUACAUGGCAACUUGAACUAUUUGGCAGCAGAUCUUAGCUUGCAGGUGGUUGGAAUGGCGCUGCAUUAUGCUUGUUGAAACCAGCAUAUUGAUGUUUGAGUGCAAGAAUGAAAAGCCUUAAAAUUUCUAGUCUGCCUCGUAUGGUUAUGUCAAUCUGGAUGUGAACUCAUUAUAGUCGAUUCCUAUGUUAGGUUUUCUCGCAUGGAAAAGCAAUCAAGAAUGCAGCAUCCUUGUUUGUAAAGAAAAAGGGACGAGGAUGCCAUGCAUACCGCGGCAGAUGAAGAUUUUCUCAACCAAAACUUUAUCACAAGCAAUCUAUGAUCAAAUUGGAUGGGACAGACCAUCCAACUAAUCAAGUCUCAAUGAGACAAAUAAUUAAGCAUUACAAUUUAACUUUUCGUACAACGUUAAGAGUAGUAUAUAGGACCUUUUGCUCCUUUCCUUGAAGAUGCAUGGUCUCUUCUAGGAACUGGUUUUGAUUUACUGUUAAGAACAGAGGAGAAAGUGAAGCUUCUAAAGGUUAUAGGGUAACACAUUAGUUGUUAUUAGCUUUUGUUUGGUGGCUAGCUUAGUUUUCUAAGCAGUAUUAUACAAUGGAAAUUGGGAAAUCACACGUAUAGUUAAACUUGUGCUAUUGGGAACACCUGGUUUGGGAAAACCUACCCACCAGGCCAAUAGUAGUUGCAUCUUCUAUUGACUACAGACUUCUUUAUUCCCAGUACUCAAUGUACCAAGUACAAUCCCAUCUUACUUCUUCACUUAUAUAUUUCUCAGUCUCAACCAUCAUCUCCCACUGUCUUUUCAAUUGUUCAGGAAACCAUAACAGCAAAAAUGGCACCUUCCCUUUGUUUUGGUCCCUUCAGACUCCAUUUCAUGCUUUUAGUUUUCGCCAUCUUGAACACCGGUUUACUUGCAAGUGACCCUCCUUUAACAUUGGACUACUAUGCAUCUAAUUGUCCCACUUUGUUUGAUAUUGUAAAGAAAGAAAUGGAGUGUGAAGUUCUCUCAGAUCCUCGUAAUGCUGCCUUGAUAGUCCGGUUACACUUCCAUGACUGUUUUGUUCAGGGAUGUGAUGGUUCAGUUUUGCUAGACGAUACGAUUUCACUAAAAGGAGAGAAGAAGGCUUCCACCAACAUAAACUCUUUGAAAGGUUUCAGGAUUAUUGACAGGAUAAAGAACAAGCUUGAAUCAGAGUGUCCCGGAAUUGUCUCUUGUGCCGAUAUUCUCACUAUUGCAGCAAGAGAUGCUGUGAUUCUGGUUGGUGGACCUUAUUGGGAUGUUCCUCUGGGAAGAAAGGACUCUAUAACUGCUAGUCCUGAACUUGCAGAAACCAACCUUCCUACUCCAGAAGAAGGCCUUACGUCUAUCAUUUCCAAAUUUCUUUACCAAGGCCUUUCGGUCACAGAUGUGGUAGCUCUUUCAGGAGCUCACACAAUCGGUAUGGCACGGUGUCAGAAUGUUCGAGCAAGGAUCUAUGGUGACUAUGAAUCAACCUCAGGAAUCGACCCUCUUUCAGGGUCAUACCUCAGCAGCUUGAGGUCAACUUGCCCCAUAGGUGGAGAUGAAAAUAACAUUACAGCCAUGGACUAUGUCACUCCUGAACUAUUUGACAAUUCUUUCUAUCAUUUACUAUUGAAAGGGCAGGGACUACUCAACUCAGACCAGGAAAUGUAUUCUAGCUUGUUGGGUAUCGAAACCAAGAAACUUGUUCACAAGUAUGCAGAAGACGCGAUUGCUUUCUUCCAGCAAUUCUCAGAUUCAAUGGUGAAAAUGGGGAAUAUAACUAACGAGGACAGCUUUACCACCGGAGAGGUCAGGAAGAAUUGCAGAUUUGUGAACACAUGAGCUUCUGCAAUUAGUCCCCAAGAAAAAAGUUCAUUUUACAAACCAUAUCUGUUGUACUACUUACACAAAGAAGUGAUCACAAAUUGUUAUGUAUGAGACCAUGCCUCAA